AUCCCUAGCACUGCUCUUGCUGAAAUCCUUUGAUUCUGGGCGGGCCGGGUGGCCGCACACAGGAGGGCAGGGCAGGGCAGGGCAGGGCCGGUCAGCCGCAGACCCCCCAUCACCCCUUCGACAACCCCAAAACCGGAGAGUCUCUCUUCUCCGUCAUCCUCUUUUCCUCUCUCAGACAUCUCUUCUCUUACGGACCAUCCGCCACCCAAACUGAUCUGACCCUCUGCAACAGUAAACGCCCCAAAGGGCUGCCGUUCCCAUCUGCGUCCUCUUCUCGGCUCCUUUCUUCUUCUUUGCUGGUCCACCUCUUCAGCCACCCUCUACCUUAGCCGCAAGCGGUGAAAAUCAGAGAAAACAUAAAGGAGAGGAACUCGAAGGUAAGAGCUUAGACGAAGGCCAAACGGCCAUCGCAUGGUAAAGACCAAGCUCGAGCAAGCUAGCAGGAUCUGAUUUGAAGCCGAUUAAAAACCUGGAGGGAUCAGCCGGAAGAUCAAAGACCACCAGAAAACGAAACCUUGGGAAUGCAGAUCACGUAGCAAGAAAGAGGAGUCAGGUGCCACCAAAGAGAAGGAUCAAAGAGCCUCAGAUGAAGAAAGAGAGAGGGAGAGUGGAGAAGAGGAAGAGUUAAGAGAAAGUGAUACUAGUGGGAAGGUUAGGAUUUGAGUAUUUUAUUUAUUUCUACUUGAAUUAGAAAUUUAAAAUUAAUUUUUAAGUCAUCUCAUGAAAAAUGAAUAAAAAGUUAGGGUAAUUUCGGGUAAACCCAACCCACCCAUAACCUAACCCAUUUGGGUUCAAAUAAUUUUAGUCUGGAUCAUUUCAAAUUUUAAGUUAACACAUAAGACCCAUAACUCAACCCAUAGUGAAUGGGUUAGGUCAGAUUUUUGGAUCAGGUCCAAUUUUGUUAGGUCGAACAGUCUCAAUGACAUAAAUCUUAUGUGAUUGGUUAUAAGUUUCAAUUUUAAAAAUAUUAAUUUUAAUAGCAAUCACUAAUCACCAAUUAUAUUAAAUUUUUAUUCCAUUAGACCCAAUUACAUGAAGAGGAUUCAAAAAAGAAUAAUAGAGAGAGUGUCCCUAGCACUUCUAAGUUAAGAAUGACAAGAAAGUAAGCUAGAAAACAGUAUGGUUAAUGGAAUAGAUUGCUUACUUUAUUUUGUUUUCUUUAUUAUUCACAUUCUCUUGGCUGUGGUUAUGGCUACACUCAAAUUUGUUAGGACCCCACAAUUUAAUUGUUAUUUUAUUAGUUUAUAAUUUUUUCCAAAUAGUGAAUUAUGAUGUUUGGAAAUAUCUAUUUAUAAAUUAAUUUAAUUUGUUAAAUAAUAAACAUCAAUUGUUUUAUUAUCUAUUAAAUGUUUUUAAUAGCCAAAUAAAGAUAAAAACUUAGCAAUAUGUGUAAUCCUAACAAAUUCAAAGGUGUUAAUAACGACCACCCAACUCUUGCUAACCAAUUAUUAUUCUUAAUAGAAUAGAUACCCUAGUCCAAAAGUGUUUAAUAAUUAUAUUUUUGAUAAUUAUACCUUAUCUUGUGCCCAAAGGGUAUAGGAUAUAUGAACAACUUUGGUAUGAGCAUCACUAUUGGAUUUACCGUAUGUUUGUAUUGAGGG